AUGGCAGCUGAGCAGCUUAGUGAGGAACAAUUUUGGCACGCUAUUGCAAUAUUAAUUAAAAACUAUCAAGCUGUAAAUAAAAAUAUAUUCGAUGUGCAAAUAACGCAAGUACAGCAGCGACAGAAUGGCAAACUGGUUGAUUGCCUGGACGAUGAAGAGUUGGAACAACAGAUGCGAGCAGAUGCGCCUAGCAGAACUUGCGAAGGUUUUCAGAUCAGUUUCAAGUAUUUGACAAAAAAACAGUCUACAAAUAUCUUAGCGCGCGGCAAUGUAGAUUUUGUUACACAAAGCUAUACAUGCCAUUUUGUUGAUGCUGCAGCUUUCGAUGACUUCGAAGUCCGCCUAAGUGAGGGCAAAUUUGAUAUAACCAUAUUGUCAACGCUGUCAAAUAAAAGCGCACGCUUCGCAGAGUUUAUUUUGCAGCCCAAGCUCUGGAGCUGGUCACAAAGUAAACGCAAAGUUGUCUCACAGAAAUCAUUGCGUUUAGUGAAUGUGGAAAAAUACAACGAUCUGUACAAGGAGCUUAAGAAAAAACAUGUACAACGUCUAUUGGAGUAUUGGCAAACAUCCAAGGAGUCUACAGAUCCGUUAAAGUUUAUUCAUGAAGAUUUAGCUAUCGCUGCGUAUUUAAUCAUCUUGUGGAGCAGCACACAGGCAGAGUUCAAAGCAUUUGGUGAUUUGGGUUGUGGAAAUGGACUGCUGGUGCAUGUGCUUAAUGCUGAAGGUUACAAAGGCUACGGCUAUGAUGUGAGGAAGCGAAAGCUCUGGUCCGUCUAUCCAGAGGAAACUAAGAACAAACUCAUUGAGCAAACUGUGGAGCCCAAGAGUUUUCAACUGGAUUUUGAGGGAAUUGACUGGCUGAUAGGCAAUCAUUCCGAUGAAUUAUCACCCUGGCUUCCAAUCCUGGCAACCCGGCUCGGCACAAACUUUUUCCUGCUGCCUUGUUGCCCCUUUGAGUUAAGCGGCAGAAAAUUUAUACGACGUAAUACAGGCAUCAGUGCCUAUCAAGAUUUUGUGCAAUAUGCAGAACAGUUGACAAUUGAGUGUGGCUUUGAAACGCUGCGUGAUCGUCUAAAGAUACCAAGCACCAAGCGCUUGGCCAUAAUAGGACUCAAGACUCAAGUCACAAAAAGUGUCAAAUGUCUGGAGGACUUUAUACAGCAACAGCUGCAAAGGAAUGGCAAGGAAAUGCAAAUAAAAUUGCGUGAAAAAACUGAAAGCGUGCGCAACUGCACGCAAGUGGACAAAGGUAUAAUAGAUGUAUUGGUUUUCAAAAUAUUUAAAAUGCUACUCGAUAGCGCAACAGAAACAGCAGAAGCAAGCUGGUUGCCUGGUGGUCAAUUGAGCAUGCGGCAAAUCGCCCAAGCCUUAAGCAAAGCUGAGCUAGCCGGUAUUAAGUCCGAGUGCGGUGGCAUUAAAACUCUGCUACGUAAUAAACAUGAAAUAUUUGAGUUUUGUGGUCAGGAUCUAAUUGGUAUACGUAAACCACAAGUAACAUCAAUGGAUAACGCAAAAAAUCCUUUGACCAUUAAGAAACGUGCUUGCUUCUUUAAUCAGAAUCAUCCACAAGGCUGUCCUUUGGAGGAAAGCUCAUGUUCUUUUAUACAUUAGAAUAUAGUUAUUUUUGGUGAAU